AUGCAGCUCUUGGUGGUGGGGCUGCUCCCCUGGGCCUUCCUCCUGCCCCCUGGGGGCUGGGCUGGUGAGAUUAUUGGGGGCAAGGAGGCCAAACCCCACUCCAGGCCCUACAUGGCCUAUCUACAAAUGAAACGUAAUAACGAUCAUUACACCUGUGGUGGGUUCCUGGUGGCGAAGAACUUCGUGCUGACGGCCGCUCACUGCUGGGGAGAGAUCACUGUCACCCUGGGAGCCCACAACAUCAGAAAACGGGAACCGAGCCGGCAAGUGAUUCAGGUGCGACGGCAGAUCCCCCACCCGCAGUACGACAGGGAGACUUUAAACAACGACAUCAUGCUGCUGCAGCUGGCUGAGCCGGCGAAGCUGGAUGGGUGGGUGGAAACCAUCGCCCUGCCCUGUGCUGGUGAGGAGGCAGAACCCGGGAUGGUGUGCCGUGUGGCCGGCUGGGGCUGCACUAUUGCCACCGAUCAUUCGUCUGCAGCCAGCGCCCUGCAGGAGGUGGAGGUGGAGGUGUUGGCGGAUGCCGAGUGCAACUAUCGCAACUACGUCUCCUCGACCAUGCUGUGUGCCGGGCUCCCAUGGAAGGGGAAAGACUCUGCCAAGGGCGACUCCGGUGGCCCCCUGGUGUGUGGGGCUAAGGCCCAGGGCAUCGUCUCCUGGGGGCCCGACACCCCCCCUGGCGUGUACACAAGAGUCUCCACUUACAACAAAUGGAUCAAGGACACCAUGAGGGGCGCGUAUCCGUGA